AUGCAGGUGCCGAUUUCACUCUCGGGCCCUCCUCUCUCUUUCCUAGCAGUUCAGCAGGCGGGGACUCCUUCGGUUUUGCCUGGCCGCGUCUCCCCAGGGGAGCGCCAGCACGUUUCUUCUGUGCCAGUGCCAUGCUACUACUCACACCCCGCGGCGGGGGGGUCGGUCACUUCGUCGUCUCUUGCCAGCUCUGCGCCUGAUCAUGCUCCACCCGCGUCGGACCGCGUGGUGGUCUCCUAUCCUCCACUGCACAUUCUCGCUGGACCAGGCGGCGGAGGCCGAUUAUCGAGACCGAGUGGCGCGUCGCUGCCAUGCCUCUCCGCUGCCCCCUAUUCUAGCGGGGGGGAGCGGCGGCUGAGCGUGGGUUCAGCGCAUUCGGAGGGGCGCGACAGCUCGGCGGACGCGGUGUAUGCCCCUGCGUCGCCUUGCAGUUACCGCGCCCACAGCAGCAGCGCAUAUGCAUCGCAAGCGCGAGACUCGGGACCGCCGCCGCCGCUGGGCGAACGAAGAGGAGCGGGGGGCCCGCAGAGCCGGAGGUAUGACGCAGGCUUCGCGGACCGGUCCGCGACUUUGAGUCCUGCAAAGGAUCCAUGCGCAAACAACAUGGGUUCGCCGCCGUUUGGAGGGUCUCGACCGGCGUACUCACGCUCCGGCUGGCCAAAUCCUCAGCCGAACAGUGGUGGAGGCAGAGGACCAGGCGGGAGUCGCCCGCAGUAUCACCGCGCUCCACGGGAUGUGUGGAUGGCUGGAGAGGAGGAUCGCGGCGGUAGGACUAGACGGGAGCGAUAUUCAGAAGACGAGAGAGAGGAGGCUCUUGAGUUUAUACGCCCCCCAGCACCUACGAGACCAGUGGGAUAUCCGAACAAGACUGUGGGAGGCGGAGGCCGUGGAGUGCGUCAAAGAAGUCCCAGCUACUCACCCGAGAGAAGAGGUCCACCUCCCCCGAAAGUGAGUGGUGGGGGCCGGGAUUUCGUGACCUCGGCGGCUGCAGGACACCACUCGGCCAGCGGUGGACGUACACCGGAGACGGUGUCAAGGCGGCUGAUCGUGGAGGACAGAUAUGCAUCGAAAGAGCCAUUUUACGGCACAUCAUCUCGAUACACAGAAAAACCGCGUGAGACAGGGGAAUCGACCAGACGAGCAUUCGCACCGGAAAACCACGCUAGAGGUUCUUGCCAUCCGUGUGCUUUCUACGCCGUCGGGAGAUGCAGGAAUGGCGUGGAUUGCCGGAACUGUCACGACGAGGACCAUAGCGAUCCUCACAGCCCUCUUUUUGCUCUAGAUGUUCUUCAUAAAAUGGGUUUGUGCAUCGUAUGCAUCGAUUUCAAGAAGAAAGGCGUGUGCGACGACUCCGAUCGGGUUCACGGAAUGCUUUACUGCCACCAUCCGCACCACUGCCCGACUUCGCAACACGGACGCGUGGAAGAAAGCCGAGGAAAGGACGAUCUGCUUCACGCGGGCGGGAGCGGGGUGCGCAGGGCGGUGACAGAUCCCCCGUCGAAGAUCCGGCGUCGAGACGACUGGGGAGAGAACUAUGUGUCCUCAAGUCGCUCGAGGCAAGAAGAAGACUGCGGCGACUACAUGUUUCGGGACAGUGGCAGACGCCGGCUGCUGUCCUGUGAGCGAUAUGCGCCGACGUACAACCCUUCUUCCCGUUCGUACUCGACUGUGGGAGGGGGGGUUCAAAGCACAUCAGUCCCGUCGUACGCCCAGGGGGCGGGGAUCCCUACGGGAGAGAUAGAGGCACUGAGGGGGGAGGCGAUUCGGGGGGCGGGCGCGUAG